UACUAGAUAACUACUCAAAGCUUUCCUGUGCUUUCAGAAUAUUUAGUAAUUCUUCUCCCUCAUCUUAAUUAAAAGAUCAUGGCUAUUCGUGUUCCUCGUAUAAUCAAGAAGUCUUCAACAUCCUUGGAUGUUCCCAAGGGCCAUUUUGCUGUUUAUGUUGGGGAGAAGCAGAAGAAGAGAUUUGUGAUACCUAUAUCAUACUUGAGUCAGCCUUUGUUUCAAGACUUGCUUAGUCAAGCGGAGGAAGAAUUUGGCUUCAAUCAUCCAAUGGGUGGUGUCACAAUUCCCUGUGCAGAGGACAUCUUCAUUGGCAUCACUUCUCAGUUUAGGAUUUAAAGAUAUUGUUGAGAUCGUUUUUCUUUUAUUAGAGCUCACAAUUUUGUAUACAGAGAAGGAGAUCUGUCUUGUACAGUUGAUUAGUUAGAAGCUAAGUUAGGCUUAGCACCAGAAAAAAGAUUGGUGCUUUUUGACUCAAAAUGUCUAAUACAAAAAAUACAGAUAUGACAUUAUUUGAAUAUUAUGUGCAGAUCAAUAUUCGUUUUACAAUUUGUGAAAUACUGGUUUUCACUCAAAAAGCUCCAAUCUGUUUCCGAGUGAAAUUUACGU